AUGGCGUACAAUUACGUAGCCACCGCUCAAAAGCCCACGAGUGUCACACAUUCACUCACUGCUGUAUUUACAGGCAGUAAUGAUACAAACCUGCUUGUGGCCAAAAGUACGCGCUUCGAGGUGCAUCUAUUGACGCCUGAGGGGCUCCAACCCCAACACGAUAUCAAUCUGUACGGCCGUAUCGCCAUCUUUGAGGUGUUCCGAGUCGCCAACGAGUCUCAAGACUGGCUCUUUAUUGUCACACAACGCUUUCAGUUCUGUGUAUUGGCUUAUGAUGCAGCCACACAACAGAUACUGACCAAAGCUCAUGGUAAUAUUCGUGAUUCAAUCGGUCGCAGUAGUGAGAUUGUUACCAGUGGAAACAUUGACCCGGAAGGGCGUCUCAUUGGAAUGAAUCUGUAUGAAGGUUACUUCAAGAUCAUCCCCGUUGACAGUGGCAAGGGGAUACUCAAAGAUACAUUCAAUAUCCGUCUUGAUGAGUUGCGUGUCAUUGAUAUCAAGUUUUUACAUGGGUACAAUAAACCAACCAUCUGUGUCUUGUACGAAGACUACAAGGCUGCAAGACAUAUAAAGACGUACCAUAUUUUGCUAAAGGAAAAGGACUUUGCUGAAGGACCUUGGAGUCAGUCAAACGUCGAGGCGGGAGCGAGUUUACUCAUCCCCGUGCCGGCUCCGACGGGUGGAGUACUCAUUGUAUCCAACCAGACGAUCGUGUACCAUAAUGGAAACACAUUUCAUGCGAUUCCAAUGCAAAGCACGGUUAUUCAGGUCUAUGGAGCGGUGGAUAAGGAUGGCUCGAGGUUCUUAUUGGCGGAUCAGUAUGGUACGCUGUCGGUGGUAGCGUUGCAACUUACUGGAAAGGAGGUGACUGGCGUGCAUCUGGAAGUGCUGGGAGAAACCAGCAUCGCAUCCUGCUUAUCGUAUCUUGAUAAUGGUGUGGUGUUCAUUGGAAGUACGUUCGGCGAUUCGCAGCUGAUUAAACUGAAUGCCGACCGGGACGAGCACGGUUCCUACGUUGAAGUCCUGGAUACUUAUGUCAACGUUGGUCCGAUCAUCGAUUUUUGCGUAAUGGACCUUGAUCGGCAAGGCCAGGGCCAACUUGUGACUUGCAGUGGUGCGGACAAAGAUGGAACGCUACGUGUAAUUCGCAAUGGCAUCGGGAUCAACGAGCAAGCGAACGCAGAACUGCCUGGUAUCAAAGGCAUGUGGUCGCUUCGCGAGGCGUUCGCUGCAGAGCAUGACAAGUAUCUACUGCAGAGCUACGUGAACGAGAUACGCAUUCUUGCGAUCGAUGACGAGGAUGAUAUGGAAGAGAAAGAAAUCUCGGCAUUUGCUAAUGUGAAGACUUUGUUCUGCCGAAAUAUGUAUGGCGACAUGUGGCUUCAAGCGACAGAGUCAGAAGUGCGACUUAUUAGCUGCAGUACUUUGUCGCUGAGCUCGACGUGGUCACCGCCCUCGGGAUCACGAAUUACUGUCGUUGCUGCAAACCCCACCCAAGUAGUGUGUGCUACAUCGGGUGGUGUGCUUGUGUAUUUGGAGGUUGAGAACGGGAAGGCUAUCGUAAAAAAAAGUGUCAAGAUGGAGCACGAAAUAGCAUGCGUGGAUAUUACACCGCGUGCUCAUAGUAAUGCAGGAGAUGGAGAUGUUGUCAUGUCGGGCUCGCCAACUCACUGGGACAUGGUUGCUCUUCGCAGCUCAAUUUGUGUAGUCGGGCUGUGGACAAAUUUCUCGGUGUCUGUCCUAAAACUACCAACACUUGAAAGGCUGACUACUGAACCACUUGGGACUGACCUGCUUCCACGAUCAGUACUCUGUAAUACAUUUGAAGGAAAGGAUUACCUACUCGUUGGACUUGGCGACGGCAGUCUUAUGAACUACGAGCUGAACGUCGAGCAAGGAAAACUUGGAAUACGAAAGCGAGUAUCACUGGGCUCGCAGCCUCUCUCCCUGUCAACAUUCCGAUCCAAGAACAUGACGCACGUGUUUGCAGCAUGUGAUCGUCCAACUGUCAUCUACUCCAAUAACAAUAAGCUCCUAUACUCCAACAUCAACUCGAAGGAAGUGAAUGUGAUGUGCCCGUUCAACUCGGAAUCCUUCCCAGAGUGUCUUGCGCUUUCAUCCGAAACCGAACUGACGAUCGGUACAGUCGAUGACAUUCAGAAGCUGCAUAUUCAAACGUUCCAUUUGAACGAGUGGGCACGUCGAAUUGCCCACAACGCCGAAUCACACACACUUGGUGUGCUUACUGUAAACUUCACGGUUGACGAUACUGGUGAAGAGGUGGAUCAGGGCUUUGUGCGUUUGUUUGACGACCAAACUUUCGAAGUACUCCACUCGCAUCGGCUAGAUCCGUUCGAGACUCCAUGUUCGGUGGUCGUAUGUCCUUUUGCAGGGGAUUCCACGAGUGCGUCGUACUUUGUAGUUGGAACCGCUUAUGUGCACGAAGAAGAGGCUGAGCCGCAUCAAGGUCGUAUUUUGGUAUUUGAUGUCACGGGCAUCCACGGUGAGCGGAAACUGCAGUUGGUUGCCGAAAAGGAGGUAAAGGGUGCGGUUUACUGUCUGAAUGCUUUCAAUGGCAAGGUGCUGGCGGGUGUUAACAGCAAGGCACAGUUGUACAAAUGGAGCGAAAACACUGACAAUGAGAAGGAACUGGUAUCCGAAUGUGGCCACUACGGCCACACCUUGGUCCUUUACAUGGAGUCACGAGGCGACUUUAUCGUGGUGGGCGAUUUGAUGAAGUCAAUUUCUUUGUUGAGCUACAAGCAGCUAGAUGGCACAAUUGAGGAGAUUGCGAGGGAUCUGAACUCAAAUUGGAUGUCAGCUGUAGGCAUUAUCGACGACGAUACGUACAUCGGCAGUGAAACGGAUUUCAACUUAUUUACUGUGCAACGCAACAGUGGCGCAGCGUCCGAUGAAGAGCGCGGUCGCUUAGAGACGGUCGGUGAGUUCCACUUGGGUGAGUUUGUCAAUCGUUUCAGAUACGGAUCGUUGGUCAUGCAGAACAAUGCUACGUCGGCACAAGCACUCGCUGCCAGCACUUCAACAGGCCCCAGUGACAUGGUUGACGUGGAUAAAUCAGCACCUGGUGUCUUAGCUGUCCAAAAUCAAUCAAUGCUGUUCGGAACUGUCAGCGGUAUGAUUGGCGUCAUUUUUUCGAUUAGCAAAGACCAGCACGCAUUCCUGCUUCGUGUUCAACAAGCGCUCACGGAAGUCGUAAAGGGCGUUGGCGGUUUCUCCCACAAAGAGUGGCGCACGUUUGAGAACCGGCGAUCAGCGUCGGAAGCACGCAACUUCAUUGAUGGAGAUUUGGUAGAAAGUUUUUUAGACUUACCGAAGCCCCAGAUGAUAAAGGUGGUGGAAAAACUCAACAACGAUGGAAUGCUGGAUGGGACGGACCAAUAUACGGUGGAGGAUUUGACGUUGCGGAUUGAAGAGCUCGCCCAACUGCACUAA